AUGUUUAAAAAAGGCAUCACAAAUUCUUCUCUGACUCUACGGCCCGAUUCCAUCUACCGCACAAGUCUGGAAGAUGACAAGGCCAAUCCUCAGGAUCUCUUCACCACAGCUACCCGUUACUUGGACACCUUACGGAACCUGAAUGAUUCUGCAGAGCGAGAAAAUCUAUUCAAGAAGGAGCUCAACGAGAUUCUGGUACACUACAUCUAUGGGAGCAACCGAAUCGAGCAUGCUGGGCUUGGCCAAGAGGCGACGUUUUACCUCUGCCGAAGGAUACUCAACCAGGGCUCAGUGCCGGCCUUUGAUGGAAGGGCUACUGAUAAAGCUGGUAUGGAGGAGCUGGCGGUUGAUCAGUUGCUGCGACAAAUACCAGAGAAAGAGCUCCUACGCCAAGGCCGAGAAGUCGUUCAGCACCUCCAAGCCUUCGAGUACCUCAAUCAUCACUUUGUGGCAGGCGGCGAAGACCUCACCGAAGACCUCAUCAAAGAGACCCAUGCAAUCCUCUGCAAUGGGGUGUCAAUCCUCGAUGAAGAGCUGCCCGAGGUGCCUUCGGAGAUGUACGCGGGCCGUUAUCGCAAUGUCGCCUUCGGUGCCGGCUCGACCAUGUUCAUCAUGCCCAAGUACGUCCCGCAACGGAUGAGGGAACUCUGCAGCAGCCUCAAAGAGGAGAUCCAAACCAUAGAGACACAGGGUUAUGUCGCCCCUUUCUCCCUUGCUGCGAAAUACUCACUGCAGUUUGUGGACAUCCACCCCUUCCAGGACGGCAACGGACGAAUGUGUAGAAUAAUUCUCAAUGUGAUCCUUCGCCGCUACCUCGGCAUUGUCGUGGCAAUUGGAGAGACUGAUGAAGAUGUUAGGGAGUACAUUGGGAUCAAGAAGAGAGCUUCCAUGGAGAUGGCAGGGCAUGGGGAAUAUGCGACGUUUGUGUUGAAGAGGGGGACAAAGACGAUACAGAAGCUGAAGCAAAAGAUUCAUGGGAAGAAGGCCUGA